AAAUCCCGGUCGGGGUCACCUGACUGUAGAGUAAGUUGGGCAUGGCGUCUUUCUUGGUAGCUGGCGAGCGGCUUGUUCGCGCUCUGGACGCCGGCGGGGAGCUGGAGCCAGAGCAACUGCCCCGCAACCUGCGGGCUGAGCUUGAGGCCGCGCUGGGGAAGAAACACAAGGGCGGUGGUCGUCCCAGUGGCCCCGCGCACCUGGUUUCCUUCCGCCUGAUUCGGGAUCUGCACCAGUACCUGAGGGAAAGGGAUUCCACACUAUACCUUCAUGAGCUCCUAGAAGGCAGUGAAAUCUACCUCCCAGAGGUUGUGAAGCCUCCCCGGAACCCAGAGUUAGUGGCCCGUCUGGAGAAGAUUAAGAUACAACUCGCCAAUGAGGAAUAUAAGCGGAUCACCCAAAAUGUCACCUGUCAGGAUUCAAGGCAUGGUGGGACUCUCAGUGACUUGGGAAAGCAAGUGAGGUCAGUGAAGGCUCUGGUCAUCACCAUCUUCAACUUCAUUGUCACGGUGGCAGCCACCUUUGUCUGCACUUACCUUGGAAGCCAGUAUAUCUUCACAGAAAUGGCCCCAAAAAGGCCGCUCUCUGCUCUCAGCCUCUUCCUCCGUCUCAGCGUACCCUGUUUUCUCUGGUGCAGCCAGGUCCGUGGAGAAAGGGGGAUGCUGGGCAGGAGGCCAGAGGAACAAGAAAUUUGGGGCCUUUCAGCUUCUCAUGGCCUGCUGUAUGGAGAGGGAGAGAGAACUGGUGUGUGUUGAGAGGUUUACGUGUCACGCACUACAUGAGGCCAUUCACCUACAUUAUUGCUUCUCACUCACAGAAUGGAGAGAAGUAUUAACCAUUCCCAUUUUUCAGGCUCAUAGAUUUUCAGAGAGUUGAAGGUUCAGGAGUAAAGCCAGAAUGCAAAUCCAGGGCAGACCUAUGGCAAGCACCAUGCUUGUCUCUCUGAAGUAGAGCAGCUCCAGAAGUGGCAGAAGCUGGGUGUCCUGGAACCAGUGGGACCAGGAGCAGGCGGUCAGAGCCCUAAGCCUUUUAAUGAACCAUCCCUCUAAUCCCAGCAAAAGCCUGGGUAAUACCUCCCACCCAGAAUCUGUGUAGAACCUGGCCCUAUUUAGGGAUUAGAUGAUGGAGAUAAAUUUCAAAAGCAAAUGGCCCCCAUCCCCAUUCAUUUGCAGUGCGUAACAAUCCAGAUGAAGGUAUAGUGUUGGGCCUUAUUUGGAGAUGAGAUGGUAUUACAGAUGACAGUGAUAAAAAACCCAAUGCUGCCACACACACACUGUGCCGCCCCAUCCUAAAUCUGUCAGGUUGUCUCCACAUUUCAGGUCACAAGGCAGCCAAUCUGAUCUUUGUGAAAAUGGAAUCAAUGUAAACCCUGGCUCCUAUUUCUACUUUAUUACUUUAAUAUCACUUCCUGUGCAGAUCCAUGGUUCUGGUUAAUUUGUCCAGGUGCUAGGAGGUCAGGAGAGGAGGCCCUGAAUUAUAAAAGGGUCAGUCCCCAGUAGUCUAGAACUAGGAUCAGCACUCUCCUCUCCUAGUUUACUUAGCAGUUAGUAGGUAAUGGCCUGAAUGUGAGGGGCAGCUACCCAUUAUUUAGAGGGAAGAGAUGGGGACCAGGCCUGGCAGGAGAGAGAGAGAACAUGGCCCCCUACCUCAUCCCCCAGAAGGCACCUCCUGCUGAGACCAUGGGCACAUGCCCCAGGAGGGGCAGGGUGCUGGGUAGUAGGAGCGGGCUGCUGUCACUCCACAGGACCCACAUCUAGAUGGCCUGGAAGAAGUGUUAGGGAGGGAUCUCUGUGCUACACUUCCUUCCAUAAGAGAAUUCCCUUGUGUAAAAGGAUGGGGAAGGGAAUCCACUUCUGAUAUGUUCAGUCCUACAGGGCAGGGUGGACUACAGGAGCCAGAGGAGGGGUCUUGCAAGUUCUGGGCCUAGAUUAGGAGUGGUCCAGGUUGGUG